AUAUAAUAAUACAAUAAAAAGGACAAACUUUUGGUCCUGUAUGUCACUAAGCCACACUCCAAGAAGAGGAAUAGUACAAAAUAAUAAAUGCUUGAUUUUGAUGCAUCAUUAACCAUUUUUAAUGCUUACUUUGAAUGCUUUUUAUCAGUUCUGGACAGAAACAAGGACUUUUUUUUGCCUUCUUGAACUUUUUGUUUGAAUAUUUAAAAAUUAAUUAUUUAAGAGAAACAAAGAGUCAUACAUGUGUCUAUGUCUAUCCUUAAAUUCAGCAGCAAAAUAGUCUCCACUCAAUCCCCUUCUCAAGCCACUUGUGUAAUAUUUGCAGGAUUAUAGUUGGAGCUUGUCUCGUUUAUAACUUCUUCUAGCUUGUAUACUUAAAUUGUUCAUAAACUGCUCGAACUCGUCUUGUAUAGUCAAAUGGAAGUAAUUUCCAAUUCCAAUGGUUCUUUCUAUAUGAUGAGUGCACCAACUAGUCCAACCAGGUGCAGCAACCUCAACAGCAUGUACUUCUACAGCGUGCCAACAAGUCCCAUCAAAGAGAUUGGGCUCAGAAAUGCCUCGUUGGGCUACGAAUCCGAUGUCAACUUCAAUUUUGAUGACUUUGAAUUCGAAACGAGCAAGAAAUUCAGGCUCAAAGUCUUGGAAUUUGAUACUGAUAAAAAAUGUCAGAAUUUCGAGUACCAACUGAAUAAUCAUCAGCGACAAAGACGACAACGUGGGGAUACGUUGCCUUCAAUGGCGUUCGCAGACGAGCUCUUUAGCAAUGGCCAAGUGCUUCCCCUAAAGCCCCCACCCCGGCUUCAACGUGCCAAUGGCCUUAGCCCCAAAAAUACAACUGCUUCUUCGCCUAGAUCGCCUAGUUCGGUGUUCAAAAUUUCAUUUCGACGUCCAAGCACGUGGAAUGAUGAAUUUGAUCCAUUCGUGGUUGCUUUGGACAAAGUUAAGGAAGAAAAGAGGAGGACAAGCCACCAUAGGCGUGCUAGGUCUCUUUCACCAUUUAGAACCACCAACACCGCUACCACUACUGCUCCACAACAUGAAAAUAUCAAAUGGGAUCGACAAUACGAAAACAAACAAGUGGGUCCAUUAGAACCAAUGCAAAAACUUCAAAUUGGGCCAAACCGAAAUGAGGUGAUUGACUAUUCCAAAGGGGCAGCCUAUGCAAGAUGGUAUCGACGCGAGAGCAAGCAAAUUGAUGAGCCCAAAAAGUCAUCAAAAGUAGAGAAAAUUAGCUCAAAAGGACCACAAAAGCACGAGGGGUCGGGUUUUGGGAAAAGAGUGAGACCGGUGAAAGCAAUAGUAGGCCAAGAAGGGACCAUUGUCAAGACUGAUGAAGCAAAUGAAGGCAAUGUGGGGUCUAAAAGAGAGAGAGUGAAAGGUUUGAUUCGAAAGUACGCGUCGUUUGGGAGAGAGAAGAACGAUGUCAAACUGAAAGAACAGAUUGCAGCAAUAUGGAAGAAGAGUUACUUGAGGAGAUUGACAUUCAAGUUUAAGGAAAAUGAUGAUCAGAGCAACAACACAAACGGAAAGGUGAAUGGAGAGCCCAAGAUGGAACUCACACAGUAUCAGCCGAGGCUGGCUCGUUGUAUGAGUUUUGGUGGUCAAAAAAAGUUCAAGGAACAUGUGUAGCACUUACUGAAAUUUCUCAAUUAAUUACGUUGCUACUUUGUGGGUUGAUGAUAUUCUUAAUGUUACUCUUGUAAUUUUAUUUAUUUAUUUUUUGCUUUUUUUGUUUUUAUUUUUGUUUUUUGGGAUUGUUAAAAAGAAAAUGAAAUUAUAUACAGAAUUAAAUCACAGAAUGUGAGUCUCUCCUCUCGUCUUUGUUUUUGUCUUCUUGCUUAAAACAAUAAACAAAGUCUGUAAGUUCAAAUCAAAUUGUUUGAAUGAUAGUUUUAAUUUUUAAUUUUAUUUAUUUUAUGGAUCCUAUCUACCAAACCCUCCUCCAAUGUUCUU